CGGCAUAGAUGGACAUGUGAGCGCAUCUCGGCCAUCAGAGGGCGGGUUUGUAGCGUUGUGUGCGCAGCGUGUGGCUGCCGCUGCUGCUGGUGAUGAUGAGAGGAGCUCAAGGUACACAAACCUUUCCACGGAUAUCCAGCGGCUUUAAAGCUGUACAAAGAACAGUAAACACCGGCCUCAGCUGUCUGUUCUGAAUGUGCAAACAUUGCCUUACCUGUGUUGUUCCUCUCUAAUGAAAGCAGAAUUGCCAAACAAAACCAGGAGUGACUUGAAAGUGCGCAGCGGAUACAAGAAAGAAGUCGAGAGAGAUUUAGCACAAGGGAAGGUGUCCAAAUGGGUCUUGUCGCAAUGGGAUUUGAGUUGAAGAACACGCAACCACUCAGAAGUCAUCCUGAUUCAAUUCGUUGUUAAGGUAACCGGGAACUUUAAAAGACGUUUUUUGACCGCAGGGAUGUUGUGAACGAGACGUCGCCUGGGACAGAAGGAGCGGGGACGCAGAAGGAAGAGAGGGGAACCAGGGCUGGACGAGCACCGGAGGGAUUAUGGCUCUCGCAACGUUCUCCCUUAGCCUCAUCACGCUGGCGCUUACUAACUUGCACCUGUCGAGAGCCAGCGACAGGCAUGCGGUGUACUGGAACAGCUCAAACCUACAGCUACGGAGGGAGGGAUACACGGUGCAGGUCAGCGUCAAUGACUACCUGGACAUCUACUGCCCGCACUAUAACACCAGCCAGCGGGGGACAUUAGAGCGCACCGUGGCCGAACAGUACAUCCUAUACAUGGUCAGCUACCGCGGCUACCGCACCUGUGACCCCCAGCUGGGCUUCAAGCGCUGGGAGUGCAACCGGCCCCAUGCUCCUCAUGCUCCCAUCAAGUUCUCUGAGAAGUUCCAGCGCUAUAGCGCUUUCUCGCUGGGCUACGAGUUCAACGUUGGCCAGGAGUACUACUAUAUCUCCACCCCCACCCACCACCACGGCCACAGCUGCCUGAGACUGAGGGUCUACGUCUGCUGCUCCACUGUUUCCCAGGCAGAUGAUGAUUCCAGUCAGACCUCUACCGACUACACAGUCAGGCCAAACAUCAAAAUACACAACAUUGAUGAAUUUAACCCUGAAGUUCCCAAACUGGAGAAAAGCGUCAGUGGCAGCAGCCCAUCACGUGACCGCCUUCUUCUUACCGUGGCGAUGCUGCUUGUGUCUGCUGUCCUUCUGUCCUAGCGACUUGUCACCGUGACUGACACCUCAUGCAUAGCUGGGACCGCCUUGUCCAAAGGGCUUUGUAUCCACCAAGUUGUUGUAGUAAAAGUUGGCAGAAACACAUGAGAGGAUAAUGCAGAGGUGCAACAGAACCACAGUCAAAGGGGACACAGAAAGGAAAUCCUUGAACUUAAACUUAACUAGACUUUUAAAAAGGAGAGGCCUUUUGCUGUCAUAUUUACACUAGUGUAUUUUGACACUCCAUGUGUUGAUGGACGUCAUUAUAUGAAUACCACAGCAUUUCAUACCACAACAUGAACACCAUUCCAAAUCAGACUUCUGUGCUGCUGUCAUGCCUGAGAAAGUGGACUUGUAAUAAAUUGGAUGUAGACUACACACUCUUAUUGUAGCAUGGAUAUAAAAAUCACAUGAGGAUUUUAAGCUGCACUGUUCAGCUCAUGAAAGGAACGUUUUUUUUUUGUGACUGUACGCUUUGAAAAAGUUGGCAAACCUGGACUUUGCAGUGGAUUUUUAGGCCUUGGACCAGGAAUGCAAAUGUUUAAAACUCAACUUAGAUGUAGUUAAGAGCAAACUGGACUCUAGAACUGUACUCUUCUUACCUGGGCCAUACAGGAUAUUUAUAUAUAUCAGUCUGCGAUGAGAACAGCUGCCAUUAUCCUGGACACUGAAGAAUGUUUUCACACUGGUGUGAGGGAGCUGCUGGUAAUAACAGCCCAAGGUGUUUCUUAAGAAAAGGGAAAGACUUUGUGAGGAUAUCCACAGGCCUUUCAAGAAACCAUUUCCACAGACAUCAAAAAUACCCCUGGCUUUGUGAUAGGUACUGAUGGAAAGCCUGUGUUUUUUAGAAGAUGGCGAGUGUUCUCUUAGAACUAGUUCUUUGUCUGUAUUUUCUGCCUUCACACUGUAACAACCCUAGAAAAAUACAGACCCUGGACUAGUAAUUUGACGGCACUUAGACGUGUUGCAAAGAUUUUCCGAAUGUCAAACCUUUCUCCUAGCAGCAAUCAGCCGGGUUAUUCAGAAUACCACUAAUUUCUAAUUCUCAAAAAAAUCCUUUUAAUUUCUUUUCCACUAUAGAGGUUCCCAGUCAAUAAGUGCUGAUGGCCAUUACAGCAGUCAGUCACCAUGGAAACGACCCCAUACAGUCGCCAGAGUGCGGCAGCAGGUGCCUGAGGAGAAAUUGUGCUUUGAGUCUCAAAGUAACGCUGCCGCCAUUUUGUUAAAAACAAAACAAACAAAAAACACGUGUGAAUGUGCAAAGAAAGACAAGUUCACUUUUUUUAUAUUGUAAUACAACAUAGGCUGGCAAUUAAUCAGAUUACAAUGUUGUGCUUUUUUUAUUUAUUUACUUUUCAAAUGUAUUUAUUUUAACAUUAAAGUAUAUUAUUUAUCUACCUAAUUUAUUAAUGUGCAUUUGUAGGCCUUUGCUCAAUAAGCUAUUGUGCCAUUUUUUUAAUUUUUUCUUAAACAGUGGAAUUUUUACUGCAGCAUUUUUGCUUGUGUAGAUAAAUAGGCAGAUGUAAUUCAGCCUGACAAACAGAGAGGGUUAUUGGUUAUGACUAAUCAGUAGGGAUAUACGCUCAGUAACCUUACUCUCAUGUAACAGAUACUGCUAACCAGAUUGUGUUGCUGAAGUGCAUGUCAUAAACCAACUGUGAAUGCACAAACAGAGUUGAUGGAAGACCAGCAAGUGCUGCACUACUUGUGAAAACGAAGGUUUCUGCAUUGUAAUGUAUAUUUAUAAUACAUGCUGGUUAUGGUGUGUGUGUGUGUGUGUGUGUGCGUGUGCCUGUGCGCGAGCGUGCGUGCGUGCGUGCGUGCGGCUCUGUCUGCCUGCUUUCCUGCGUGUGGAAGCGAGUUAGAGAAAAAAAACGUGUGCACAUUUGUGUGCCUAUGUAUGUAGAAUGUGUUUGUCCGCGCUUUUUGAGUAUGUUGCAUUUAGAAAUUUCGUACCCGUUAAGGAGUCGUUUGUAGGAUCUGAAUAUGCAAGUGUGUAUGAGAGAAUGUGCUCUUCUGUAAUGUUAGUUUACGUUACGGGGUUUGGGAAGCGGGCAAAAAGCAUUUACUGGUGUUGAAGACAACCACAAGAAACAUGUUUACCACAAGAAUGAAUAAAAAAAACUGUAAAUUGAUCCAAGAAUGAUUAAACAAUGCCAAUUAAAGUCUUUUUGCAAAUUUA